CCACGAAUGCAAUAUGAAGUCUUGCACCCACAUCGGUCUCUUGGCAAUUAGAAGAGAUAUGAUAUCUCCUCAUUUUCGACCCUAAUUGCAAAAGGACAAGACGGGACAACCCCAGAAGAUAGUCUAUCUAUGCAUGGCAUUGGUGCCGAGAAAGGACCCUUGCCCGAGGGUCAACGUCAUUCCUCUGGGCGCCGAGCCGCGCCCGGCCCCCGCCAAGUAUGCAGGUGUCAACAUCCAUGCAUUUCCGUGUGUGGGGUGCCGUCCAACAAUCCCUACUAGGUAGCCUCUUCGCAUCUGAUCUCUUUCCAAUCAUCCAUCCUUGGUUGGGGGAUUCUGUGGAGUUGAGCAUAGUUGUGGUUGGUCCCACGUUGUUUAUGGUGGCUACUGGCAUGGCCUUCUACUUUCACUCCCCUACUCUUGGUGGAGUAUUAUCUUUAACUGUAAUACUACUUCUCUUUUGUUUGGGCCUCAUUGUUGGUUAUCAUGGGCCUUUCUCCAGUUUUGAGCUGCAUGAUUCCCCUGCCUGGACGAGAUCGCUGGUUAUCCUAAGCGACAAGCGAUUUGGUCACUUGGAAGACAGCAUUCAUUCGCGAGGUGCAUGGAGUUCGGCUGAUCAUUGUGGUCUACCUUUGAUAUUUCUGUUUAGUUUUUGCCAGGCUUGCUGUGUUCUAUUGGCACCUGGACUGCAUUACACUUGGGCUUUAUGCUCGAUAAUCAAUCUACACCAAAUCUCUGGAAAUGAACCUUCUACCUAUUCUAGAAUCAUGGCACUCUUGUCUACUUUGCUGACCAAGGAUAGGGAGCUAGCCGACCGACUCCUCUACCCAGGUCGAGCUUCAUCAAGAGGUCAAAUUCUACAACUGCUUGGUGGCUGAGUCUAAGAAUUGUGUGCAUAUCGGCCAAGGUGAAUGGUCUAGUACACAUGGACAAGAGUGAAUCUCCUCCAUGGACCUGAUGCAGAAACAACUGUGAAUCUCCUUUCCAUUAUGGAAGCCCGGCCACAUUAGUGAAAGGUUUGU